AGUAAGCAUGUUGUCAGCCUUCAUCACUCCCUUCAAGCACUUGAGCCCCGGGGCCACAAACACAGAGGACGAAGACAAUCUAAGUACCAGCAGUGCAGACGUGAAGGAGAACCGAAAUGUGAGCAACCUGGAGGCACGGCCACUGCCCAUUGGCGACAGAGCCCGAGGCAGUGCACCUGGCAUGAAGAGGAAAAGGCCUCUGGAGGAGGGCAAUGGUGGCCACUUCUGCAAACUGCAGCUGAUCUGGAAGGCGCUUUCGUGGUCGAUGACGCCCAAGAACGCGCUGGUCCAGCUGCACGAACUGCGGCCCGGCCUGCAGUACCGGAUGGUGUCCCAGACCGGCCCCGUGCAUGCGCCGAUCUUCGCUGUGGCCGUGGAGGUGAAUGGGCUCACAUUUGAGGGCACAGGGCCCACCAAGAAGAAGGCCAAGAUGCGGGCAGCCGAGCUGGCCCUGCGCUCCUUUGUGCAGUUCCCCAACGCCUGCCAGGCCCACCUGGCCAUGGGCAGCAGCACCAGCCCCUGCACAGACUUCACCUCUGACCAGGCUGACUUCCCAGACACACUGUUCAAGCAGUUCGAACCAGCAGCACCCACUGCGGCCUUCCCGGGUCGCUGCCCUGCCGAGCCCGAGCUGUUUUCCCCGGCGUGCCGGCGGGGUCGGCUGUUGCACCACACACUGGACCUGAUGGCCCCAGGCGAGAGGAACCCAGUGGUGGUGCUGAAUCAGCUGCGCGCCGGCCUGCGCUACGUGUGCCUCUCAGAGCCGGCUGACAAGCAGCGGCCCCGGAGCUUCGUCAUGGCCGUGAGCGUGGACGGCAGGAUGUUUGAAGGCUCGGGACGCAGCAAGAAGCUGGCCAAGGGCCAGGCGGCACAGGCCGCCCUCCAGGCCCUCUUCGACAUCCGGCUGCCUGGCCACACGCCCAGCAGGAGUAAAAGCCACCUCUUGCCCCAGGAAUUUGCUGACUCUGUGUCCCAGAUGGUCACGCAGAAGUUCCGUGAGCUGACAGUGGGCCUGACAUCCGUGCAUGCCCGCCACAGAGCGCUGGCAGGGAUCGUCAUGACCAAAGGCCUGGACGUCAGGCAAGCACAGGUUGUCGUCCUGUCCUCGGGGACCAAGUGCAUCAGUGGCGAGUACAUCAAUGACCAGGGGCUGGUGGUCAAUGAUUGUCACGCAGAGAUUGUGGCCCGGAGAGCACUGCUCCACUUUCUGUACACACAGCUGGAGCUGCACCUCAGCAAGCGGCGUGAGGACUCGGAGCGCUCCAUAUUCGUGCGGCUGAAGGACGGAGGCUACCGGCUGAGGGACAACACUCUGUUCCACCUGUACGUGAGCACGUCCCCCUGCGGAGAUGCGCGCCUCAACUCGCCCUACGAAAUCACCACAGACCUGACCAGCAGCAAACAUGUCGUCAGGAAGUUCCGUGGGCACCUCCGCACGAAGAUUGAGUCCGGGGAGGGGACUGUGCCCGUCCGGGGCCCCAGCUCAGUGCAGACCUGGGACGGCAUCCUGCUGGGUGAGCAGCUCAUCACCAUGUCCUGCACGGACAAGAUCGCCAGGUGGAAUGUGCUGGGGCUGCAGGGUGCCCUCCUCUGCCACUUCAUCGAGCCUGUGUACCUGCACAGCAUCAUCGUGGGCAGCCUGCACCACACCGGCCACCUCUGCCGGGUCAUGAGCCACCGGACUGAGGACAUUGGCCAGCUGCCCGCCUCCUACCAGCACAACCGGCCCCUCCUCAGCGGCGUGAGCAGCGCCGAGGCACGCCAGCCCGGAAAGUCUUCCCACUUCAGUGUGAACUGGGUCUUGGGCAACUCGGACGUGGAGGUCCUGGAUGCCACCACUGGGAAGCGGAGCUGCGGGGCCUCAUCCCGGCUCUGCAAGCAUAUGCUCUCCGCCCGGUGGGCGCGACUGUAUGGAAAGCUGAGCACACGGAUACCAAGCCACGGAGACGCGCCAUCCAUGUACUGUGAGGCCAAGCUGGCGGCACGCACCUACCAGUCAGUUAAGCAGCAGCUGUUUAAAGCAUUUCAAAAGGCAGGCCUGGGCACCUGGGUGAGGAAGCCGCCUGAGCAGGACCAGUUCCUACUCACUCUAUGAGUCCCCGCCCCAGGCUCUCGGACACAGCGAGAUGCCUGAGAAGGCCAGGCAGGCAUGAGGAGCAACAAGACUGUGCUGAUCGGGUCUGUGCAUUCAUUUUCCUUUGGUGUUCCAGAAAUACAUGAGCGUGCAAUGUUCGGAUGAGCAGCUAGACUUGAACUAGGAACAUGCUGCUUCUCAAAUGGCUACUCCCAGGUUGCUGGAACCACGCAUGCCCGCCACACACACCCGCACCAAUGCAGUGGUUCCCUGUUCUCGAGGUGUCAGAGGGAGUGCAUCUUUUCAGGCUGGAGGGUCUGAGUUGCAGCCUUGAAAGGUGGUACUGAGGCAUUGCCAGUUAGAAAUAAACCUCAGGCACCGUCUCCUAUGUUUCCCUCCCCCCACACCUCUCGAGCAUUGCACUUGGUUCUCACUAGCACAAGGUUACAAAUACUUCAAGAUAAGCCACAGUGAAGAAAAAAGCCAUGGGCUCCUCCCCAAAGAAGCCAGUAAGAACACCCUUUCAUUUUCAUUAUUCAUUUAGUGUUUUACUCCAUCUCCUUUCAAAGAGCAUUUGGGGUGCACAAUCUUAAAGAACCCCCAAAACAGGACAAGAGAAAUGAGACCAUUGCUGCAGAGCAAAGGUACUAGAUGUGACCCUAAACUUCCCAAUAACUGAGUGUCCCAGGCUGUCCUGUGCCUGUUUUGUCCAUCACAGCUCAGUGUCUCUGGCCGAUAAUGAAGUUUGAGUUGUAUAGGAGGAGCUGCCACUCCACAACCUCCCACCUGGUGAUGAGGAAACCCCAUCCUAGGCCAAAUUCUUACUUAGGAACUAAAUUGUUCUUAGAGAGGAAGCAAUAAAUACAUACAAAACAACCUUGACUCUGAGCUUGAGCACCAGCUCUCUGUUCCUUUAGGUUCCCCAUCAACACCUUGCAUGACAGAAAACAUUCACUUAAAGCAGCUAAAAUGCAGGAGGCAGGAUUCUGUCCCCUUCAGGCAUCAGACAACAGAAUCCUCCUGCUCAGAACUGGACACAGGACCACCUGGGGUUCGGCCCAGGGCACCAUGCUCAGACUGAGGGGCGGGACCGUAACUCUGUUCAUGCAAAGUGAGGUGCCCCUCUAACAUGCCUGCAGUUGGUCCAUACACCUUGAACUUUCACUUUGAUCACUUGAGAACUCAUUUCUAAAACCCUUCAUGCUAAUUAACAGUCUCUAAUUUCUCCAAUUACAAGUUACAUAUCUGAAUUUAUUGUACUACGUAGCAAAGCUUAGUAGUAGCCAGCUCUGGUCUGGGCCCCGGUUAGAAUCCCCACUGACCCCCUGGGGGUCCAUCCUGGAGCACAGGCUUCCACCCAGCCCAGGAAACACGAGCACAACAUCAGGCUGUAUAUAUUCAGGUACAAAUUACAGAUAUCACACCAAUAAGGCAAAAAAUGAAAUGAAUUGUAGAUAUUUGUUACAAAAUAAUAAGUAGAGACAUUAGUAUGGAAAUAGAAGCUUUUCCUGGGAUUGCAUAUUAGGUCAAAUUUAUCCUUCAAGUUCUUUUAGAAAGGAAAAUGGCACUGUAGCAGACCACUUCUUCACAAUAAAGUUUCAAAAGAUAUGAAAAUGUUUUGCAAAUAAGAUUCAACAUUAAUAUUUUAUAAAAAUUGAAAUAAAAUAAAAUCCUCAUUCAGACAAAAGCCAUGAUAAAAUGGCCAGUUUAUAUUAGUUUUUGAUCGUCUGAAGUGUCAUUAGGAUGGGACUUAGAGAAGCAAAACACCUGAGGGCUGAUUCAUGACUUAGACUCUCAACUGCCAACAUCUGGAGCCCACCUCCGAACGCAGCAGGCACGGGCGAUUGCUGGCUGGAGUCUGAGCAUGCUAGCAUUCUGAGCUGCUGGCUGGAGAAGUGUGUACACGUUUUACAUCAACCGCUUGGAAUAACACUCCCUCUGCAGGAGAAACGAGCACUGGUGGCAGCAGUCUUGACCAUCUCAGGGGGAGAUGCGGGAUGGACUGAUGUUCAAAGGGGCACAGUGGGCCACCAGUACAGUCUGAUUCCGGGGACCUGCAUGGCACCCUCCUAGCCCACGAUGAACACACCCACGGCUCCUGAACUGCAUCUUUCUAGUGACAAGUCAUUUUGUCUAAGGUCUUGCCUCUCUGGAAACCACCCAAACUUUGCUAAGAUAUAAAAGUCUGCUUCUGGAGAAAGGCACUAUACCCAUUAGCACCAAUGCAUGGAUUAGGCUGCUAGGUCAGCAGAGACUCUUUGGAAGGAGAGACUAGGCUCUGCAGAGAAGGUUUACAGCGAGAGAAGGUUCCAAUGUAGCAGGAAGCUAUCCAAGAGCCUGGUACUCUGUCACAGGGGCACCUCUCUGGUGAACAGGAAAUAGAGGAGCCGGGGGAGGAGGAGACACUCACAGGCUGUGGGCACAGAAGGGGAGGCCAAGAGAGAGCUGAGCUGACCAGAAGGCUAAUGCAGCUGAGAGCCCAGGCUCAGAAUUCAACACAAAAAGCAUCUGGUGUGGCUGGAGGGACAAGCCAUCAUCCCAGAGACACGAGGUUUAGUAGGGGAAGCCUGAGGAUUUUUCUCCCUGCUUUAAAGUCCAAAAAGAUGUCUCAACACUGCAUUAGGCCAGGUCUACCCUGCAUUUUUAAAAUAGGAAAUCUGAUGAAUUAGCAUCUUGAGAGGGGCCCACAUCCACCUGACCACCCAAGGUUUCCAUAAGGAGGACAAAACAGAAGUAGAUGAUGUGUAACUUGUAGUCAUCCUGAAAAUGUGAUGGGUGAAACAAAGGGCAGACUGGCAGGCAUAACAUCAAAGGGCUCCCUAGGCAUCCAAGUUACCCCGACUCCCCCACUGCCCAUCUGAAUUUGCCUCAGAAUCACCAUCCUGUACCAACAGAUGGCUCAAGUCCUUUGUUCUCAACCUUCCCAUGGUCUCUAUUUAUAUCUCCUUAGCCCUAAUACUAAACUCCAGAUAAAAUCAACACCAUCCUUAUCUGCCUCCAAAGCACGUGUUGCUUUUCUGUUGGGGAGAUAAGCCCUGGAAGCUUUCCUGCGUGACUCUAAGCCUAAAAGUAGAUGUCUGACCACUUGCAGGCUUUUCACGGGCCUUGGCCAGCCAGAAGGUCACUCGGUCAGGUGAGCUCUGCCAGUCCAGCUCCAGCACAGCUUCACAACAUGUGACAGUGUGUUAUUGGACUUAGGUUUUCUUUGGUUUUUGCUUUUGCCAAGGAAAGGAUUUGCAAGUCUGUAACUAUGGUUUCAUUUUAUUCCUGUGGUUCUCUUUAAGCCUGUAUAUAUGUUUCUUGCCACCACUGGUUUUGUGAUGGGUCUUAUUACUCAGAAACAUCCAGUUGUGUUACUUUUCAAACAAACACAGCUCAUAUUUUUCCCAUGAAUUUCCUUUUUACAGAAAACUGUUCUUGCCAAUAGUUAAUUUUUUCCCUUUGGUUUACAGUUUACCACACCUGGAGAGCCAUAAGCAGUAAACACAUGGUAUGUCAAGGCCCAGAAUAGAAGAGUUAGAGUAUUUUGAUGAAAUCCUAUUUUUAGAUUACAAAUUUUAAGAUGUGUCUAUAUCUCUUGUUUAAAAAUUUUUAAAAGACAUUUAAAACUUGAAUAGAGAUUUUUAAUUUAGAAAAACUUCUACAACCACUUUUUAAGAAGUCAUUCUAAUGAAAUCAUCUGCCCAAUUGGCACAAUAUACAAUGAACAUCGCUUUCUAGUGGAGACCAAAGGGGACUUAGGAACAGUCUUUGUGUGCCCUGGCACUCACUGCUAUGGCCACCUGGCGGAAUCCUCGCUGAACUCAGCAAACCUGAUGUACUUGUGCUGGUUUCCCCCCACCCCCCGGCCUCCUGGGCAGAGGUCCCAGAGCCUAGGAGAGUCCACAUGCUGUACAUUCCCAGCUCCGAGUUCUCGUAGAGUUCACGGGUGGAGG